GUGUAGCAAGUGAUAAUACUAUAUAUAGUAUAAUCCAAUAUUAAAGCCGAGACAAUGAUCUCGUUUUAUUGGCUUCUGCUGGCCCUGCCCGCCUGCUGCAGAAUGGUUGCGGCGGCCGAGGAGUCCACAAUUGGGAAACUUAAUUUGACUGCCAGCUGUCCGAAUGUCUACUGCAGUAUAGCAGGGCAGAGCAGAACGCCAGCUGGACCGGUGACGGUCGUAAACAGCAGUGUGCCCCAUUUGAAGGAGCUAGUCUUUCGCAAUUACAUUAUGCGAAGUAUUCCUGUCCAGGCUAUGCGCAUGGCUCCCAAUCUGAGCGCCUUCCUCAUGCAAAAUUGUGCGAUUUAUCGUGUAAAUCCGGAGGAUUUCAACCAUGCCCGACAGCUCAAGCAGCUGGUGUUGCAACGCAAUCACAUCUCACAUUUGACUGAGAAGCUGUUUGAGCUUCUUCCCGAGCUGGAGCUCUUGGAACUGGGCUACAAUAUUAUACACACAGUGCAUAAGCAGGCCUUCGUAGGGCUGGCAAGUCUUCAAGUUCUAGGACUACAAGGCAAUGGCAUUAGAACCCUGAUGGAUGGGGCCUUUGCACCGCUGAAGGAGCUCCAGCAUUUGGAUUUGAGUGGGAAUGAGUUGGAAAAACUAAAUAGUACCGCCUUUGCGCAGAAUACGAAGCUGGAAACAUUGCUGUUGAGUGGCAAUAGGUUUGUGGAGUUCAAACCGUAUGCACUGACCUCUGUGCCUCAUUUGCGUCUAUUGGAUGUGAGUAACUGCAACACGUUGCCGGAGCUACAUGUACAAAGUGUGGACACAUUGCUGGCGGAGGGCAGCGGACUGCAACGCUUAGUCAUUGCUGGAAGCGUUAUCAAGCUGCACGCGGGCAACAAUGAGCUCACACAGCUGAGUAUUAGCGAUAAGCGUUCUGUGCUGGAACUUGACUUGCAUACGAAUCUGCUGAAGGAGGUGGGAAAGCUACUCGACGGAAUGUUGAACUUGCAGCGUUUGGACUUGUCCAAGAAUAGCAUAGAUGAGUUGCGUGCCCCGAAUGGCAGUCAAUUUCUCAUAUUGCCCAGUCUCGAGUAUUUGAACUUGGCCUCAAAUCAACUGCGCUCCAUCACGCCCGAGAAUUUCCUGCUGCUCGGAGGUCUGCAACACUUGGACUUAUCCUUCAAUCAUUUGCUGCCUUUGACUGUGCACAAUUUGGAGCCUCUGAUCAAUCUGCAGCGCCUGUAUAUUGAGGGCAAUCGUCUUCACGAGUUCGACUAUGAGCUCUUCCACCGCCAGCAUGCGCAUCUGAAGGAGCUGGGCCUAUGCGACAACGAAUGGGAGUUUGCCUUCAUGCGAAAAAUGGUCACAUAUCUGAGUGAUCGAGGUGUGCAUUUGCCAGCACGAUUUGUGCGUCGUCAGGAAGAUGCGAAUGGCACCUUAACACCCAAGUUCGUACAUCAGCUAUUCGCCGAGGACCACCAACUAGAAGCUGGAACGUCUCGCACCAAAUUCCCAGCGGGCGUAGCAAGUAUUCACCCCUACUGGACGAAGCGUGAUAUUCUGGCCUUCGCCACGCUAAUCGUGGUCUUCGCCAUUCUACUGCUACAGCUCAUUCGUAUUCUGCAGGAGGAGGGCUGCUGGACGAGGUGUCAGAUGCGCAGCUGGCUGGGACGAACUAGACGCCGACCUGCUGCCCAAUCGAAUGGAAGUCAGCAAGGCGGCCCUCGACCGCGGCGCCUGAAUGAGGAGGACUCUGAAUUGAGCUCAAGUGAAUAAAAUUGUGCGCCAAGUGAAAAAUAUUUCAAUGUCGUCGCUGUGCGAGGCAACAUGUUGCCAACGGCCAAGGCAGCUGCAGCAGCAUCGGCACAUGUUGCUGGCAACACACAAAUAAACGAAAAUUGCUGUCAA